AAAAGGCGGAGAAGUUAAUGAAAAAGACAAGGAGGGGGUGAAGGGAACAGACAGAGAAAGUCCCUGUGAGACAUUCAGAAUGUGCUUUAAAAUCAAUGUCUGGGUCAGUGCACUUUCAUUGUGAUUGUGGAUCGAUUCAUUUCUGAGCUUUUCUGCCACAGCUCUGCACAGCAAAACUUCACUUGCAUCUGCUCAAAUGCAUCUUACUGAGGAUUGUAAACUUAUCCUGCUGGAUCGGCGAGCCAGAUGAACAACCCUACACCCCUUCACUUCUACAAAACUAAGGGGAAGAAUGUGUGUGUUCUCAUGCUACUGUGUGUUCCCCUCUCCAUGAUGGACAUCCCGGGUCCUUGCAAACAUGCCAUCACUAUGGACCACCUGCUUCAACUGAAACAACUGAUCAGUAACCAGUUGCGGACUGGCUGUUCAAUUACAUAUACAUUCAUUGAGAGAAAACACCUGAGCGUGGUGUGUUAUGUGAAGGCUGCUCUGCCGAGGGUGCUUGAACUGUUUAAUGUCCACUUCAAACACGUGCGGGGCUCAGGAAGUGCUCAAGCAGUGUUCUCCAUACAGAACCUCAUCCUCAACAUCUACUCCCAACACUGCAUACCUUCACUGAACGAGGAACUGGAGGAGGACCCUGUAGCAUUUGAGAGGCAGUACAAUGAGUCUCCUGUCCAGGCACUUCAAAGAGUCGAGGAGGUUCUGUCCCUCUACUUGCACCUCAUCACAAGCACAAACACUACUGUUAACUGGACCUGCGAGCAAGAGUACAGCAGCCAUCUACCCCCUACUGUAACACAGCUAACCACUAGCACAGAGUCUGCGGUUGAAUUAUUCUGGCAAGAUCCUCAGGGGUCCUUCAGCGAUGAUUUCUACAGACUGGGCUUCAUUGUGGUCUGCAUCUGUGGAGCAUUUCUUAUCCUACUCACUGCCUACUGCCUCCUAGAGAGAAAGAAGCUGCAGCGUCAGCUUCACCGAACGAGAAUAUCAUCAGACUGGGGAUUACAAGUUGUCGAAAACUUUGAAAUCCAAGAGGAUGUACACAAGAUGAAUGACCGAUGGACACAGUGUGGCUCACACCUCUCCACUGCCUUCUAACUGAUUGGAUCUUUCUGGAGACUCACAAGAGAGGACUAACAGUGAAAUAGACUGCCUUCAUCUUCAGGAAGACCAUGACCAGAAGAAACAGAUUUAGGAUAUACCUAUAUAUAUAUUUUUUUCAAGAUACACCCAGGACCUUAUACAUUUGUAAAUAUGCAUAUUAUUACAAACAUCGAUUUCUUGACUACAGGAAAACUCAAAGUAUUGCAUGCUCAAUAAUGCUACAGUUAUAUCAAUCCACUAUGCACCUACUGUAAGAAAAGGAAAUAAUUCAGUCAAGGUUGAUUUCAGUUGUCAGACUACUAAAUGGAUGUUAUUUGGGGAAGUCGUGGCCUAAUGGUUAGAGAGGUAGUGCAUGUACAGUUCUCUCUCCACCUUCAAUACCAUGACUUAGGUGCCCUUGAGCAAGGCACUGAACCCCCAACUGCUCCCCGGGCGCCGCAGCAUAAAUGAUGCCCACUGCUCCGGGUGUGUGUUCACAGUGUGUGUGUGUGUGUGUUCACUGCUCUGUGUGUGUGCACCAUACUUGACUGUAUGUCACAUCACGUUAUUGUUCAAGCGUGAGUGGCAUCUUACAGUAAAGUCUUAGUUUGUUGAUACAAAACCGUUUCUUAAUUUCCAAUAUGAAGUAAAUAUAUAUAUUUGACAUUUUAAAGAGGUUAAGGUAAAUUUAUUGGGCAAAGAAAAUAAAGAAAUGCUUCACUAAAAAAAGCACCUUCAACAUCAUCACUCUAAAAAUGUACUCGCCUUCAGGCUGUCCAAGAUGCAGAAAAGUUUGUUUGUUCAUCAGAACAGAUUUGGAGAAAUUUUGCAUAUCACUUAAUCAUCAGUGGAACCUCUGCUUUGAAUGGGUGCCGUCAGAAUGAGAGUUCAAACAGCUGAUAAAAACAUCACAAUAUUUCAAAACCCAACUCCAGUGUAUCUUGUUUUAAGUGUUUUAAAUUUAAACUGUCACUUCUAACACUAUAACAGAUAAGAAAAAAAAUAAAAAGAAACAGUUAUUUCAAAGAAAAAACAUAAUAUUGUUUUUUUUUUUUUACCGUUAAAAUCAGUAAUUUUUUACAGUGAAGGUAUUUAAGGGACUGAAGUGAUGUGGAUUACUUGUGGAUUAUUAUGAUGUUUUAAUUAGCUGUUUGGACUCUCAUUCUGAUGGCACCCAUUCACCACAGAUGAUCAAUAGCUGAGUAUGGAUUUAUUCUUUUGGAGUACUAUUCCUUAAGAUAACAUUGUUUUACAUAUCUGCAUAAAGGUCAUAAUGUUAUCUCUCUCUCUCUUUUUUGGUGCUAUUUAAGUUGACAGCAUGUAUUACAAAAUAGUUUGAUGUUAGGAGGGCACUUUUGCUCGUUUACAUUUAGUUUAAUAAUAUAUACGUAUAUGCGGCUAAAUGGAAGUUAAUUUAAAAAAGAAAUCUAAUUUCAAGCAGGAUGGUAUAUUAUCUACUCUAACAAAACAGAAGAAAACAAUUUCCAGCACAAAUGUUUCCAGGUGACCCACUUCAGCUGUUAAAUUUGCAUUUUGUUUCGAAAUUUUUGUGUGGUACCAUUUGUUUAAAGCAUUAAACAUUCACAGACUUCUCUCCAAAUUAAAAACAAAGAAAUGUGGAAGAGAUUUUCAGACAUCUGCUAAAGAUCACAACAAACCAGUCAUUGAAGUGAGAACGGAAGAAUUUUCAUUUAGCAGAAAAACAGGACGUAGAUUCUUGUGAAUGAGAUUUGAAGGCCUACUCUUUAAGAUGCUUUGGAGUAUUCUGUAGCAAUUACAUCAUAUACACACAGUGAAGAGCAAAAUUAGAGAACAGUUUUUUCAGAAAUAUUGUUAAUCUUCACUCAAAAUUAGAAGUUAUAUCAGACUGUACACACCACUGUUACACAAACAUGUUUGAGAAAAUAACCAAGGCAUCACAGUAAAAAUCUUUAUUUUGCGAAAAACACUAAUCAAUAAGUUUGUUGCCAAUGAUUUUCAGGUGAGUUUAGGUCAGGACUAUGGGCAAGCCAUUUGAUUAUUUCAAUGUUUUCGGCUUCAAAGAACUGCUUUCCCUGUUUUGCAGUGUGACGGGGCAUUGUCAUGCAUGAAAAUUGCAGGCUGAUUGGGCGAUGCCUGCAGGGAAGUUACUGCUUGUUGUUGAAGGAGGUUCUUCUGAUAAACAUUUGCGUUCAUCUUUCCAUGUAACGGUGUAAGAGGCUCAACUCCUGCUGCACAAAACAUUCCCUAAAGCAGAACUCCUCCUCCACCGUUCAUUGACUUUUUUACACACUUGGGCUUCAGUUUUCCACAGUUUAAUGCCAAAUAAAAUGUUUCCCGCCAGACCCAACUAAUUUAAACUUGUUUUCAUCACUCCAGAAUCUCCACAUUAUGCUGCCCACUUAUUUAUUUGUCUUACAUGGACAACCAGCCUUUUGGGGGGACUUGAAUUAAUGAGUGUCAAUAACUAUAAAUGUUCUCUAACUUUUUUAAAUAUCUCAUUUAAGUUUUUUUUUAUGUUAUGCAUCAGAAUACAACUACUUUAUGAAAUAUACUUAAGAAAACUGCUCUUCUGUUGGGAUGGCUUCAAUUAGCAGUGAUCUUUAAAUGUAGGAAAUUGUAGAUUGUUCUUUAAUAUUGAUCCCUCUCUAUCUGUGUGUGUGUGUGUGUGUAUGUACAUAAGAGGUUUAUUUUAAAAAACAUUGUUGGUGAAAUUUAACUGUAAAAUGUUUUGAUAAAUUUUAAGAGAUACAAUUACUGUUAAAAAUGCAAUUUAAUCAUUAUUCAUUCCCCAUAUGGUUAGUUGGCAUUAUUGUGUCACAAACAAAUAAAUGCAUGUUAAUUGUUCCUUGACUUUGCAUUUGCACAUUGUUGGCUUAUAUCCAUGUUUCUCCCAAAAAGAAUAUAAAUGAAACGAAUGAAAUUUGU